UUGGGGACCGUUUGAACUUGUCCAAUCUUGUGGUUCAAGAGAAUGAUGAAGGUAAUCAGGAUAUGGAUGUUGACAAUCAAGAGCAGGAGCCACAGUCACCUCCACCACCCCCUCCACCUCCAAACCCACUUCUACAAGAACAACCUAUGUCCUCAAGCCAAUAUGUACCUCAAACACAAUUUACCCCAUCGUACCCAAUACGUCAGCAAUAUUGGGGUAUGCCACAGUUUGACUCAUGAGAAGGAGCUUCUUUUAGCCAGUUGCUUGGUUUCAUGGCUGCAGAUGCAGGACAAUCACAAUAUGCCCAGCAGCCUGAUUACUUUAUGGCGGGUAGGUAUUCCUUGGAUGCGUGGCAUUCGUGCCGCACUUCGUCGGGUGCUUCUGGAGGAAAAUGCUAACACACUUGAACAAGAGACUGAUGGGUAUCUAGUAGAUGAAUCGGACGAUGAGGACGAGGAUGAGGAGGAUGAAAUAGAGGAGUCCGAUGAGGAUGAAGAAUCCCGUAAUGAUGGUGAGGCACGUACUCCAGAUGAGACAGGCAAAGGUUACAAUCUCAGGGUUGAUCCACCACGUCGUAGCGCUAGUCGAUACACUUCUUCUAUGUUCAAAAAAGCCGCCAAGAAGUGCAAAAAUCUUGUGAAAGAUGUAAAGUGGGCAAUGAAAAAAAUAGUUGUUGUGUAG